GAGAUGGAAGUGGAAAAGUCAGGCAAGCUAUCUCACAUUCGUUACAACUCGACCUCUAAUAACAGCACCAGAAUGUCGAGGUUUUGUCGGAUCUGUGCAACCACUAAUCACGUCGAGUGCUCCAUUUACGAAUCUUUGAGUGAGGGUGAAGGCAAGACGAGCCUGCAUAUGAUGCUGGUAAAUCCAAUACGAUCAAAACGAUAACAAGCAACGAUGACCGAGAGCGAAUAGUUAGAGCUUAUGAGCGAGGAAUGAACAUGAAAGAGAUUUCGGAACUGCUGCAGGUGAAGCAUUCUACAGUGCACGGAAUAAUAAAGAAGUACAGAGAAACGGGAGUUAUUGCAGCAACCGUGCGUGCUCCACCAAACACUAAGAAAUUAAAUGGGCAGGUAAUUGCAAGUAUUAAAGAGUGGAUUGAUCAGGAUUGCUCUCAAACGUUUAAGCAACUGACAAUAAGGAUUCGCGAACAGUAUAACAUCUUAGUAAGUACUACGACGGUAGCUCGAGUUAUUAAAGGAUUUCAUUAUUCAUUUAAGAAGGUGCAUAAAGUUGCCCUGCCUGCUGUACAUCCUGGAUUGAUAGCUGAUAGGAAAGAAUACGCAGAAAGAUUUCUGCAACUGCCAGAUCAAUACGCUGAUGAUGCGAUUGUAUUUAUUGACGAAAAGAGUUUUCAAGCCAUCUUCAGAGUAUCGUAUGGGCGCAAAUCUGAUGGGGAACGAGCAGUAAAUAGCAGUAGCAGUCAUCCGGUGGGUUCGCGCAAUUUUUCUAUUUUAUGCGCGAUGACAAGAAACGGAAUUAUUCACUACGAGCAUCGAACCGCAGCGAAAAAUGUACCAAGCUUCAUAGAGUUCCUUCGGGAACUGUUUGUAAAAAUUACAGAUAUCGGAUCAUGUAUCCUUAUAAUGGAUGAUAUUCCAUAUCAUCAAAGCGGAGAAGUAAGAACAGUAAUAGAGGAAGAAGGCCACCCGUUUAUGCUGCUUCCUUCAAAUACUCCCUUUUUUAAUCCGAUAGAGAUUAUGUUUAGCAAUUGGAAAUCGAUUGUUAAGAGAGCAGAGCCAACAAAUGAGAAACAGUUGAUGAAUGCAAUUGCUGAAGCAUCAAACCUAGUUACUAGACAAGAUACCGAGGGAUUCGUGCACCAAAUGUGGACGAAUAUACGUCGCUGCACGAACGGCGAAGGAAUGUUUUAAUAAUAAUACUAUAAAUAAUGAAUAAAUAGAACUAUA